AUGAGGCUUGGGCCGUCCCAGCCGGAGUUGCCCGCCCAGCCCACUACUCUGCGAGAAAGCAAUGGACAUUUAAUUUCGGCAAGCAAAGGCCUGGACAACCUGCAGGAAGCCACCUGGACCCAGAAUCUGUGUGGAGCAGACGGGGACAAUGCAAGACAGCAUUGCCCUGCUGCACGGAUUCUAGACGCACACUCACCAGCUACUUCUGAGGCUGGCAACUCAGCAGGUUACUCUGAAGCUUUGAGAAAUAAAACCCCUGAAUCUUGUGGAGAAGAAUGGAGCUUCCAAAAUAAGGGAGGGAGCCAUGUACAGCUGGACAGUCUGGCCCCAGCUGACCAGGAGGACUGGGAAGUGGUAUGGAGACACUCUUCUUGGGGGGACAUUGGCUUGGGUGGCAGUCUUGAGUCUUCUGGGUUAAACCUUAGUCAGGGAGUGGACUGUGCCAGCACUUGUGUGUAAUCGAAAGGCCGGGAAGCAGAUGGGAAGGGCAGGUCUUCGGCACCUCAGCAAGUCAGCAUUGGGUUCCAGGUUCAUUACACCACAAGCACCGGUGCACAGUUCCUUGCUGUGACCGGAGACCAUGAGAGUCUUGGAGGAUGGAAGGCUUACGUUCCACUCCACGAUCAUAAGGAUGGGUUCUGGUCUCAUUCUCUCUUCCUGCCGGUAGACACAGUGGUGGAGUGGAAGUUUGUGCUGGUUGAAAAAGGGGAAGUUACACGCUGGGAAGAAUGCAGCAAUAGACUCCUAGAAGUUGGCCACCAGGAUCAAGUGAUCCACAGAUGGUGGGGGGUUCCAUGAGUUAGCUGGCUGAAUACUGCAGAACUGCACCAGAAUGUGGGAGAGGCUCCGCCAUGGUGCACACUGAAGAAUUUAAAUUUAGCCAUCAAGAGUUGCUUCCAGGUUGUUAGUGGCUUUUAUCUAAUGGGCAUAUAUGGACGCAGAAAACGCUUCCAGCCUGUGGACUUCUUUCCUUGUGGCGCUGACUGGUUGGUUUGUUCUGAUAGUCCUGUCUUGUCUUUAGGGCUUGAA